UUUCUGUUCUCUCCUGCAGCUCCUGUACCCACACCACAAACCCAUACACUGAUCUACACCAUCAUAAAACCAACGGCACUUUUAAGAGCCAAACUCAACCUAUCUCUCUGUCUAUCUACCUAGCUUUCUUAUAGUUAUUGUCUCUAUCUUUUUCUAUCAUUCAUUAUCUAUUUCUUCAUCUAUCUAUCUCAAUCUUACAAUCUGUCUCACUAUCUCUGUCUGUCUCAUACAGCAGCUGUUUGUUUGCAUAUCUGUUGUGUCUGUCUGUCUGUCUGGCUGGCUGGCUGGCUGGCUGGCUGUGUUGCAAUGGCAACAAAACACAACCCAGACCCCAAUAAUCCCACAUCCAAAGAAGGGAAACGCAUGGCUCUUGAGCUGAAGCAUGAACACAUGCUAGCUGAAGCUAAGAAAGCAGCUGAGGAGAGGAAACGGGCACGCUCUGUAGGAGACACUUUACAGUCCCCUAAAAGGGGCUGUGUAGGACGUGGCAAGCCGAGAGGGAGGCGUGGAGGGCGACGCCAAGGCUCAGCUACAGUCACAUCCCCCCCGACUGAGGGCUUCCAGUCAUCCAGUGUGGAGGUUCUGCGUACUGAACCUUCAGCACAACAUGAAUUUGAAAAGAAUAUGGAGAGACUCUCUGACAUUCUUUCCUCAUGUCCUCCUCCUGAGCCUCAAAGAAGCUCUGCCUCAUCCUGGUCUUUUCGGCAGCAGAAAGCCUCAGAGCGCUGGAAAGAAGCGAGACCACACCACCUACAAUGCCUUCUAGAAAAAGAGGCUGUUGGUCAUCCCCUGUGUGGCCUCUGCCACGAGCCGGCUGUUAUUAGGUGUAGAGAGUGUCUCCCCGAGGAGUGGUUCUGUGGAGACUGUGAUGUACUUCAUCACAAGAAACAGCCACUCCACAACAGGGACAGUUUAAUUAAUGGGUUUUUUAAACCAAUUAGUCCAACAACGUGUGUUGUUAGAGUGGAAGGUGGAUAUGACACCCAUGACCAAGCUUGCAUAUUGCCAACUGUGAAGGCACCCAACUGCUCCUGUAAAGGCAAAAACUUCACUGUGGUACCAGGCAAACCAGUGAUUUUAAUUACCAUCAAUGGGCGUUAUGACUUGCAUCUGCCACUAUAUGUCUGUCAAACUUGCCAGCAGCAGUGGACCCCCGACUUGAAAGUCCUCCUUAAGAGUGGAUACUGGCCAGCUUCGGUCAGUAUUUCCACACUUUACACCUUGGACCUCAUGAGCUCCUUUGAAGAGCUCAAGGUCAUCUCUCCGGGAUUCUCCAGACAGGCCUUUGCAAAGCUGCUGGAGCAUCGCACAAAGUGUGGAGGAAGAUCUGGACCUGUCAACGGAGAUGCACUGCAGCGCAGCUUUCUGGAGUUCUCCUAUGCCUCGUAUGAGGAAGACCAGCUCUGCUGUGGUGCUCCUUUCAUCUGCCCUGCCUGCACGCCGGAGAUGUUGGCUGUUUCUGCCGAUGGAAACAGGAAGCUCUAUCGCUUUCGGCGAAGUGGAAGUUCUGAUGGCAGCGCCUUUUUUAAUGGGCUCUUUGUAGCAGAAGACAGCGCGGUGGCUGCAUUUGUCGACAAAAUACAGAGAUCACUGAAAAAUACCCAGGGAAGAGGCACAUGUGGGGACUCCCAGUGGACAGCAGCGAGGGAGACGUCAAGGAGGGCUUCUAAGCUGGAUGAAGAAGGGAUGGAGGUGGCUGUAUGUCGCCAUGGGUUUCUUUUGAAGGCCUUAAAUAUGUACAGGGGGGAGAUAUUCGCCUACCCCCUGUAUCUUCAAAAGGAACUCGUGCCAGCCAAAGCCAAGUUCUUCGCCAUGGAUGUGGCUUGCAAGUACUGGCCGUACAUGGAGAAAGCUGCAAGUGUCCUUCCUGCUCUCCAGGAGCUGACCACCAUGAAGCCAUUCCUCAGUGUAAUGCAUGCUCGAGCCCAUGCUACCAAAUGCGAGAUUAUAUGGAGUGGGAAGAACCAGGAGGGAGCAGGGAUGACCGCCGGGGAAGAGGUGGAGCAGGUCAACAGCUACCUGUCCCGUUGUGCCCUGACAACCAAAUACAUGUCCAAAGCAGCACGACUGGACAUGCUCACAGUGCAUGCUAUGGGAUGGAACAGGAAAAAAGGUGACUCCCUUCAUCAGGCACUUUCCACAAGAUAUGUGAAGACUAGUAAGAGGCUCCUGGAAGAGACUGCAAGUCUUGAGGAACUCAAGACGGAGCUACAUUGUGUCUCAGAUGACAUGGUGUCGACGUGAAGGAAUGGGCAUCUGGAACAUCAGAAACAUCGGGUACUUCUGAAGACAUCCUUCAAACAGCACUGCAGCAAAGCAUUGAGGGGCUUUACCUAAGUGUGAGGCAGCGGAAGCAAUCCCAUUACAGACAGAAUGCUAACUUUACAGCCAAGAAAAAGAUACUGGAUCAAGUGAUGCUUACACGGAGACUGCAAGAGGAGAAAGGCAUCCUAUUGUUGGAGAUGGCGCAGCAUUGCACAUGGUUGCAGAACAUGGCAGUUGCUCUAAAAAAUAAGGUGGCUGAGGAAGAUGUAGACAAGGGGAAUGUAGGACUUGGGUGCACCCUAAGAAGGAAGCAUGCUGAGGCGUCGGAGAGGUUGCAGGUGGUACUGCAGCAGUACAAGACUGCUUUAGGUCCUGAUGCUUCUUUCCUUCAACAUGAAGAGGAAAGUCAAAGUGGCCUAAGCAGUCCAGACACCAGUGAGGAUGAAG